CUUUUCACUCCCCUUUUGUUUUCUUUUCAUUCCCUGCCGCCGUACUCCUCCAUAUCCUCGUGCUUCGUCCUCCGUCUGCAAUCCAUUCUCCUCUCCGCCGGUGGUUUUGGGUAGCAAAAUUCUUUGUUUUUGCAGUUGGGCGACUUGGAUCAGUGCCUAACUUCCUCAAAGGACGGCGUUGUUCUCCACCUCAAGCCUUAACAAUAUAAAGACAGUUGCUUUGACAAACCGCAUUGUUUUGCAAUGGAGGGGGUUGCAUAUGCUUACACUACAAGCUUCACAAAACAAUCAUUUUUGUUGUCUGCACUGUCAUCAUCAUCUAUUAUAACCAUCCACCAAAAGCAUCACAAAACUAUUUUAAAAUCCAUAUCUCGUAGAAAUCUUGUUAUCUGUGCUUCAUCUGGUUCUAGUUCUGCUGUGAAGUUGCUCGAUUAUGGAGCUGGAAAUGUUCGGAGCUUAAGGAAUGCUAUUCACUAUCUUGGCUUCGAUAUAGAGGAUGUGCGAACUCCAAAAGACAUUUUGGAUGCUGAACGCCUUAUCUUUCCUGGUGUUGGUGCAUUUGGUUCAGCCAUGGAUGUAUUGGUCAAGACCGGGAUGGCUGAAGCACUUUGUACCUAUAUCAAGAAUGAUCGCCCAUUUCUAGGCAUUUGUCUUGGCCUUCAACUACUUUUUGAGUCUAGUGAAGAGAAUGGACCAGUGAAUGGUCUUGGCUUGAUACCUGGUGUGGUUGGGCGGUUUAACUCUUCAAAUGGUUUUAGAGUACCCCAUAUUGGCUGGAAUGCUUUGCAAAUUACAAAAGACUCUGAAAUUUUGGAUGACAUUGGAGAUCACCAUGUCUACUUUGUUCACUCUUACCGUGCCAUGCCAUCAGAUGAUAACAAGGAAUGGAUUUCAUCUACAUGCAAUUAUGGUGAUGAUUUUAUAGCAUCUAUCAGAAGGGGAAAUGUGCAUGCAGUUCAGUUCCAUCCAGAGAAGAGUGGAGAUGUUGGUCUUUCUGUAUUGAGAAGGUUUCUAGAUCCAAAGACACAGGGGACAAAGAAUCCUACUCAGGGGAAGGCUUCAAAACUUGCAAAGAGGGUGAUUGCUUGUCUUGAUGUUAGGACGAAUGAUAAGGGGGAUCUCGUUGUAACCAAAGGGGACCAGUAUGAUGUACGAGAGCACACAAAAGAAAAUGAGGUGAGAAACCUUGGCAAACCCGUAGAGCUUGCUGGACAGUAUUACAAAGAUGGGGCUGAUGAGGUCAGUUUUUUGAACAUUACUGGCUUCCGUGACUUCCCAUUAGGCGAUUUACCAAUGUUGCAGGUAUUAAGACGCACUUCAGAGAAUGUUUUUGUCCCACUAACUGUUGGAGGUGGUAUACGAGAUUUUACAGAUGCAAAUGGCAGGCACUAUACUAGUUUGGAAGUUGCUUCAGAGUACUUUAGGUCUGGGGCUGAUAAAAUUUCCAUUGGGAGUGAUGCAGUUCAUGCAGCAGAAGAAUAUAUGAAAACCAAAGUAAAGACAGGAAAGAGCAGCUUAGAACAAAUUUCUAAAGUCUAUGGAAGUCAGGCGGUAGUUGUAAGCAUUGAUCCUCGUAGAGUGUACCUUAAAAGUCCUAAUGAUGUGCAGUUCAAGACCAUAAGGGUCACAAAACCAGGUCCAGGUGGAGAAGAAUAUGCUUGGUAUCAGUGUACGGUUAAUGGUGGGCGUGAAGGUCGACCAAUUGGGGCUUAUGAGCUUGCAAAAGUAGUUGAAGAACUGGGAGCUGGAGAAAUACUAUUGAACUGCAUUGAUUGUGAUGGUCAAGGAAAAGGAUUUGAUAUAGAUUUAAUAAAGCUGAUAUCAGAUGCUGUCAGCAUCCCUGUAAUUGCAAGUAGUGGUGCUGGUGCUGCUGAGCACUUCUCGGAGGUAUUCAUGGAAACGAAUGCAUCAGCAGCUCUUGCUGCUGGCAUUUUCCAUCGGAAGGAGGUGCCCAUUCAGUCCGUAAAAGAACACUUGUUGAAGGAAGGCAUUGAAGUAAGGGUAUAACCAUAUCUGUUCUUGUGUCGAUGAGGCUCCUGAUUUUGUUCCUAAAAUCAAGAGUGGGCAGAAAUGCGAAAACCUGAUAGCUGUUUUCGUAUGUUUUCUUUCAUUUUUGCAGUUUCGGGAUUGAUUUCGAAAUGAUCUGUUCGUAUGUAAUCACUAUUUUGGAAAUUUUGAAUGUUUUGUUAUGUACUUUAUUUGUUCUGUUUGGACACCUCAUGCUCCUUUCCCAACUUCGUAAAUGGCGUACUUGUGAUGCGAGAAAGCUUCUUGCUGAUAGUUUUUGCUUUGUCGUAAGAGUAGCAUUUUUCUUUGAAGUAAGAUUCAGAUAUAAAAAUGUUAUUAGCUAAAUAUAGAGUUUCUUCUAGGAAAUGAAUAUUUUGCUUUGAUAAUAUGUCUUCUUAUGAUUGCAUAA